CCGAGCUCUGGCUCGAGGAGCUGGAGGAGUGGAACAAGGAGAAGAAGAUGAUAGCCGAUGCUUAGGUGAAACUGAUAAAGAUUGCAUGGAAUAGGUAGUAAGACUAAGAUUCCUGCUAAUUGAUAUUCUUCUAUUCUUUUUGUUGUGAAAUUUUUUUUUCCUAGGGUUGUUUUGUGGAUUCUAGAUCAUGAUACGAUGGCAGUAGAUUGAUGAUUUCUGUUCUCUAAUAAGUGAAGUGAAAUGGGAAAUGUGGCUUAUUGUCCGAUUGAUUUGGAUUCGUGUGUUUUGAUGCCGUUUAUUGUUCUUUAAUUCAUCAAGGUGCAAUUUUUUUUAUCAUUACAAUUGAAGGUGUUUUAAUCAGCAGGUCUUUCAUCAUUAUAAUCGAAAGAAUUAUUUAUUUUCAUCAUAGACAAGACUGCCUAUAUAUCUUGUUUAUCUUGUGGAUUGCAUUUUUAAUUCCUCUUAACUCUAAGGGUAUGAGACAACAGUAUUGAGUUUUUUUUUUUUGGCGCUAAUGUAGCUUGGUUGUAGACAUUUUGAUACUAAUUAUGGAUCAAGUUGUGGAUUUUUUUUGGCAAGUAUUUGUGCAGGCACAUUUUGGUAUUUUGCUUAGCAACUGAAAUGAUACAAUGGAAAGGGAAAAUAAGUGGCCAAUUGAAGGCUUUUCAAUUCUUUCAGCUGCUUCAAAGAGCUUUUCCAACAUGAUUAGGAUUGUAAUCGUUCAAAUUCAGACUAGAGGACAAAAAAAUUUGUUUAGUAUCUGAUGCAAUACGAAUUCUUUUGUCAUUAGCAUAUUGUGGACGUUUGUUAACUAUCAGAAUCUAAUUAUUUGUUGGUUCUUGUGUUU